AUGUCAGGGCACUCGACUAUUGAAUCCAUUCCUCUCAUCAAUAGACUGGUGGAGCAGUAUAGGGAUAGGAAGAAGGAUUUGUACAUAGCAUUUAUUAACUUAGAGAAGGUCUAUGAUAGAGUUCCUAGAGAUAUUCUUUUGAGGUGUUUUGAGGCUGGAGUUGUGCCUAUUGUGUAUGUUAGGGUGAUUAAGGAUAUGUAUGAUGGAGAAAAGAUGUGGUUUAGGAUGGGGGGAGGGGACUUGGAGCACUUUCUCGUCUUGAUAGGGUUAAAUCAAGGUUUAACGCUUAGUCCAUUUAUUUUUGCCUUGGUGUUGGAAGUUUUGAUGUGGAAAAUUCAUGGUGAGGUGCCUUAUUAUUUGCUUUUUACAGAUGAUGUAGUCUUAAUUGAUGAGAUGCAUAGUGGAGUUAAUGCUAAAUUGGAGGUUUGGAGGCAAUCUCUACAGUGUAAAGAGUUUAGGUUGAGUAGGUCCAAGACGGAGUAUUUGGAAUAUAAGUUCAGCGAGGUGGUAAAGACAUCUUUAGGUGCCAAGGUAAAGGAGAAGCAGGUUUUGGAUCCUAUUCUUAUUAGAAUCAAGGAUUAUGGGGGUCACCAAAAGGUGAUGGCUUUCGAUAUUGGUGAUGACGGUAUCUUGAGGAAUUGUGUGUGUGAUCCUUCCUUGGUUGCUCCUUUAGAGAAUGUUGGUGUUUCAGGUUCCUUGUCCUAUGAGAAACUCCAAAUGGAAAUUUUUGAUAGUCAAGUCCGUCAUCUGCGGACUAAGGAUGUGGCUUCGGUAAAAGUUCUAUGGAAGAACCAUAAGGUCUAA